AUGGCGACGUAUGAUUACAGGAGUUCACAAGGAAGGUCUGCAGAUCCGAGGAUUCCACCAUGGUUUUCAAGGGAGAAUGAAGCACUCCGUUCCUCCGCAAGAACGGUUGCAUCACCAUUCACUGACGAAAUCCUGAAUGCUCUGAAUCCAAGGAGGUUUUCCAUACUGCUAUUCAUUCUAUUUGAUGAAACGACUGACCCGAUCGAUCACAUUUACCACACUCAGUUGAAAAUGGCUCUAAACAUAAACAACGAUCCUUUGAUAUGCAAAUGCUUCCCUACAAGUUUAACAGGACCAGCCCUCAAUUGGUUCAAGAAUCUGACUCAAGGUUCAAUCGCUAGCUUCCAAGACUUGUGUGACAAAUUCAUCAGCCAGUACUAUGGUAAUAAGCUCCUAGCUAAAGAUGUUUUAAGCCUUUUUACUAUGAAGCAGCACGAAGAUGAAUGGCUUCAAACUUUCCUCAUCAAGUUCAAUCUCGUUAAGAGCAUGGUAAUGGAAUGUCACCCAUCCAUAGCAGUUCAAGCAUUCAAGCUGACCAUGAACCGAGGGACACCAUUCCAUACAAACCUAGUGCUGAAUACGUCGAAGACCAUCGACGAACUGAAUAAAAGAGCCGAUGGUUUCGUGUGUUUGGAAGAAGAGAAAGCAACUAACGCAAGAAAGACGUCGAUCAUCUCGACAGAGGAUAAAUCUAAAGCGAAGAUUCAGCAAAAGCAAGCUCCACCACAACGUCAGACCUCCUGGAAGGUAGAGAAAAGGCCCAGAGAGGAAGAGUUGGUUACUCCACUUAAAGUCACUCUGGAACUUGAGAAGGCAAGUAGCGAUGCUGAUCACUAG